UUUAGACUCACUCACUUUUUAUAUAAUAUCGAGCACACUCUCGUGUUUGCCUUCCCUCAAUUUCUUAAAAUGGAUUUCACGAGUGUGACAUUUUAGGAUUAUUAGAAUUUUGUUCAUCACCUCUAUUCGAAGUUUAAUAGAAAGAUUAUUCCUCCUUGUCUUUAGGGACUAAUAAGUUUUCUGGUAGUCUGAUCCAAUGGCUGCAACCACUGAGAUGCCCACUGACGUUGUCAAUGAUGUUAGUAUCAACAAGGAUGGUGAAAAGGGCAUUGAUAGCGGAAUUGAGAAUAACUCUUCGAUCACGACCUCGAAACCCAAAACCGAAUCCGAUUUGGAUAUGCAAAAGCUUGUGGCUAUGUUCAAGAAACUAAAUCCAUUGGCUAAGGAGUUUUUCCCUUCUUAUUACAAUCCCAAGAAGAACAAUCAGACAGGAAAAGACAAUCAACUUCUGUCUGCUGAUGAUGUGGCCGCCACAAAAAAACAAUCUGGUGAAGAAGUUGAUCUUAAUGGAAAGAAAGGUGACAAUAACCAGAAGAGAAGAAACAGUUAUAGCCAAGGGAGGAGGAGGUUAACUGGACGAAUUUCUAAGGCACAGAGAGAGGAUAGUAUGAGGAGAACAGUAUACGUUUCUGACAUUGACCAAACUGUGACUGAGGAGGGUCUUGCUGGCUUGUUUAGUAACUGUGGACAAGUUGUUGACUGUCGAAUUUGUGGGGAUCCACAUUCAGUUCUUCGAUUUGCGUUUGUCGAGUUUGCUGAUGACCAAGGCGCACGGGAGGCUUUAAGCCUUGGUGGAACGAUGCUCGGGUACUACCCGGUGAGGGUCUUGCCCUCCAAAACUGCUAUCCUUCCAGUGAACCCCACAUUUCUUCCCAGGUCGGAAGAUGAAAGGGAGAUGUGUUCAAGGACAAUCUAUUGCACAAAUAUAGACAAGAAGGUUACUCAAGCUGAUGUGAGAAACUUGUUUGAGACGGCAUGUGGUGAGGUAACUCGCCUGAGGCUUCUUGGUGAUCAACUGCAUUCAACUCGCAUAGCUUUUGUUGAAUUUGCUCUGGCAGAUAGUGCACUUAGGGCGCUCAAUUGCAGUGGGAUGGUCGUUGGAUCCCAACCGAUAAGGGUAAGUCCAUCAAAGACACCAGUAAGGCCACGGAUCACUCGACCACCAUCCACAAACUAGGAAGAGGCCUUAGUACCUGGCUUUCCAGAAGAGAGAUGAUUUCAAGCAUCUUUUUUUUUCUUUUCUAUUUUCGUUAUCUUUUGAGGUUUUAGAACAGUUUAUCUUCAGUUACAUUCUGUUUGCUUUCUGAAUUUGGAGUUCUUAUUAGGCUUUGUCUUUUCUGACUGAGAUACUUCCAUCUGUUUCAUCAUCUUUCUCUACGGGAUUUUUUGAGCAUUUUCUUUUUA